AUGCGUGGUAGAAAAGCCAUUUUGAACUUUCCACUGGAAAUUGAGAAGAAUCAGAGGGAACAAGAUGAUGCUGCUGACGCGGUGGUGAAUCGGAAUAGCCGCCGGAAAAGAUCCAGACACUCGGUGGAGGUUAAGACGGAAACGACAAUGUCAUUUUCUAUUCAUCAAUAAUCAAAUUGAAUUUAAAUAUAUAUAUAUAUAUAUAUAUAUAUAUAUAUAUAUAUAUAUAUAUAUAUAUAUAUAUAUAUAUAUAUAUAUAUAUAUAUAUAUAUAUAUAUAUAUAUAUAGUAGCCGUUUACCCGCGCAAAGCGGUGGAAGACAAAUAGUUUGUUUCGACAAUUAAUUUCUUUUCCAUGGAGAAUGAUUAUUUUCAAUUCAAUCAUUAAAUGACCAAAUUAUAGGGUGUUGAGUAUUUAUUUGGAUGAAAAAAGAUCUAAUCAAAACCUUAGAAGAGAAGAUUUAUAGGAGUUUGUUUAAAUUUUAAUAUUAUUUUAUUAGUGAUUAGUUGUACGAUUAGCUUAACGAUUUAGACGUUUUAAAAAAAUAUUAUUAUUUUAUUCAAUCUAUUUUUAGAAAUAGUGGAAUUUGUUUUAUAAGAUAGUAUAUAUAUAUAUAUAUAUAUAUAUAUAUAUAUAUAUAUAUAUAUAUAUAUAUAUAUAUAUAUAUCUUUACUACUUAUAAAAGAAAUCUAACUAUUUCUAUAAAUAGAUUGAAUAUAAUAAUAUUAUUUUUUUAAGACGUACAAACGAUUAAGCUAAUAUUACAAACAACCAUUAAUAAAAUAAUAUUAAAUUUGAAAUCGUCUAAAUUUUUAAACUUAGUGUACAAUCACCUAUGCAUGAAUUUUGACUAAGCUAUUUAAUCCCCAAGUUAAAAUCCUUAUUUAUCUCAAGGAAGCCGAUCUGGCCUUCUUUCAGCCAGUUUAAUCGGUCAACAACCAUAACCGGCUUUUCAAUCUCUUUAUACAUUAUCUCCUUCAUUCAAUGGAAAAACCCUAGCUGUUGGAAUUCACCAGCCACACAACCGCACAACUCCGUCACCUCUAUAAUCUCCACCCACAGUCACGCAUGCUUCACCUUCUCUGCCACCUACCUACUUCUCUAAAAUUAACGUUAACCACGCACAGUCUGACCACCAAUGUAGGCACUCUGCCUCUUUCCGUCUAUCACCGCCACCCAAUAAUUUUUCGCCUCUACCCUCCUUCGCCUACGUUUCUCUGUUCACCAAUAUCUACUGUUACCCAUCCCCAACGCACCUCUACCACUUCUACACCUUAUUAAGACCUAUCUCUAAAACCCUACACAUAUCAACACAUUCGUCUUCACUACUUCAUUACUACCAUCACCUCAUUCAUAUCUCCAUCACUCGUUGGAAACCUAAGGAUAUAUGCAUCGCCGCUUCAACCUUGAAACCGAUGUGGACUACUCAAAGAUUCGGCAGAUCAUUCGAAGCCAUGUAGGUUUUCUUUAAUAGUUUCCGAUUUUAGUUUUCAUUUAGAACUGAUUCUUAAUUAAACCCAAAAAAUUGCAGAUGGGUUAAUCUGAAUCUGUGUUUGAAGGUAAGAUAUUGUUUGUUUUUUCUUGGGGAUUGGGUUUGGGGUUUUUACUCCAUCAUUUGAAUAUCGGAUAUUGGUGUGGGAUUUGCAGGUCAGAUGUUAGUUUUGUAGAUUUUGAUCUCAUUGUAGCUGAUCAUGAAAUGUUGGUUUCAAGUUCUCUCAUUUAAGUCCUUCCGGUAGAUGAAAUUGCAUUAGAACUAGAAAAUUAACACAAAUGUCAGAUAGUUGUUACUCUCUUUAUGACUAUAUCAUCGUUUUUUUAUAUUGUAUUCUUUGCAAUUGAUAAUAGAGGUUCUUAUUAUAUUUGAAAAUUUCAUAGUUAGUUUGAUGUUCUUAAAGAAAUAAGCAACUAGAGAGCUUGUUAAUUUGUUUAGUUCAAGGUAUUACUUUCUUUCCUUAUCGUUUCUCAAUUUGGUUGUGUGUGUUUGUAUGAGUCUAUGUUUAUCUUGCAAAUCACCAAGAGUCAAUUAGUUGUUUAUAAAAAUUCCUAGAUCAUUGUUGUUGCGAGACACUACCUUUUUUCUCCUUCCAUGGCUAUCUUUGCUUGCUAAACCCACCACCUUUGUUAUCGUUCUUUGCACUUCCCCUUUCUGUCUCUCUAUCAAAAAGCUACCUCAUAGCUUCCACAUAUUAGUUUCCUCUAUGCAUCCUUCUAAAAUUCCGGUGCUGCUGACCAUCGUCCUGUAUCUAUGCGUAUGUCUAACUUUGUGUUUAUGUGUGUUUACAGGACUUGAAAUGGAUUGAUAUAAACCAACAUCUCAAAGAAAUCGUGGGUAAGCUUCUUAAGAUCUGAAUAUGAUCUUCUUGUUGGGUUUUUAGAGCUCUUGUAGUUGAAUGUUUAGUUUUUUCUUUAAAGUUGCAAUAUGUAAGUUUUUGUUAUUGUUUGGGGUAAACCCAUUUGUAAGUUUUGUUUUUGAAAAUUGCAAUGCAUAAGUUUUUGGUUUCAUUUAUUGUCAG